GUGCCUUGGGCACUUUUAAAAAGUGACUGGGGGUGGGGGUUGGCACAGCAAAUUGUUUGGGUUUCAGAGUGAAGGAAGAUUGACUUGCCAAUUGAACAUGGCAAAAGGAGAUACUGGUGUUCGAUGCUUUCAGGGCUUACUAAUUCUGGGAAAUGUUGUCCUAGGGUGUUGUGGCCUUGCACUCAUGGCUGAAUGUAUAUACUUCGUGUCUGAUCAUCACACCCUAUAUCCAUUGCUGGAAGCUACAGACAAUGAUGAUAUCUAUGGUGCUGCCUGGAUUGGGAUCUUCACCGGUUUCUGUUUCUUUUGUCUAUCUGUUCUUGGUAUUGUUGGUGUCAUACAGUCAAGCAGGACUAUGCUAUUAGUGUACAUCAUCCUGAUGAUGAUUGUCUUUGCCUUUGAAGUGGCCUCUAGCAUCACAGCAACAGUGCAUCGGGAUUUCCUUACAACUGAACUUUUCUUGAGGCAAAUGUUGGAAAAAUACCAGAAUCCAGACCCAAUCAACAAUGAUGACAAAUGGAAGAGUGACGGUAUUACCCGAACAUGGAAUCGUCUCAUGUUGCAGCAUCAAUGCUGUGGUGUGAAUGGUCCAACCGACUGGCAAACAUACACCUCCACUUUUCGGACAGUGAACAGUGAUGCAGAUUUUCCCUGGCCACGACAGUGCUGUGUUAUGGAUCCUCUUGGAAAAGCAAUUAACUUGGAUGGCUGCAAAUUAGGGGUGCCUGGCUAUUACCAUACGACAGGCUGCUAUGAAACUAUUGCUGGCCCCAUGAACAGACAUGCCUGGGGUGUUGCCUGGUUUGGAUUUGCCAUUCUGUGCUGGACUACUUGGGUGCUUCUUUGUACAAUGUUCUAUUGGAGCAGAAUUGAAUAUUAAAGGUGUAAUGGCCUCGCAAACUGUACUUCCUGCUUUUUUCCAUAAAUCUAUAUAGAUUUUUUCCUUCUCCUGUUGAGUUAUGACCAUUUCUCAGAGACUACCUGGACAAGUCCCUAAAGUUUUCUUGGCAAGGUUUUUCAGACAUGGUUUGCCUUUGGCUCUUUUCUAGAGUUGAGAGAAAGUGACUGGCCCAAAGUCACCAACUGGCUUUGCACAACUCAUGGUCUCCACAUUGGUAGCCUGAUGCCUUAACUAGUACAUUAAACUGGCAUUCACAAAUAGUUCAUAACUGUAUAAUUUCUUUCUGUGGAAUUUCUCAAGAUGUCCCUUUAAUCUUUGCUUCUGCCAUUGCCUUAAUUUCAGACGUUGUAGCUAUAGUAAUCACAAGGCAGGAAAUUGGACUAUUCUAGCUGUAACAAUCAAGAACAUGCUAAGACAUAGCAAUAUAUGAGAAAAUGGAGGUAGAGUCUGUGGUGCUCUCUUGUUCGUUUGUUUGCCAAUGUUUCAUUACUCAACUACAGUAGGUAACAUCCUCUGUGCCAAUGAGCAUUGGAUUUGUUCCCUGUUUAUAUACAGCAGCUUGCCCUGGCUGUAUUGGUGGAGCUGUGCUUUUUUCUUUGGAAGUUACUCUAUUAGUUUGUUGAUUAGAUACAUAGAGAUAAACCACUUUUAUAUAUCAUUCAAAAAAUCACUUUUACAUAUCAUUCAAAAAAGAUAAUUAAAAAACUAAGAAGGAAACAAAAAGACUACAACCCAUCAUCUCCAGCAUCCAAAACCCAAUAAUCAGGGACAAGACAAACAAGAGAGAAAACCAUCUGCUCCAUCACUCAAGGAGAAAACCACAGCCCUACCAACACUGGCAGAGCAAGCUACUAUAUAUAAACAGGGAGAAAACCCCAAAUGUAUACUGAUGGUGUUACCUAUUUGGCUAAUGAAACAUUGGCAAGCAAGCAACCUGCCCAAAGAACACCAAGGACCUCAUAGUUCAACCCUAAGUUACGUUUAUUGUCUUUUAUUGGAAAUGGCUAUUUUAAGAAAAUAAAGUGUUGAACCAGUUGUUUGGAAUGAUUAUCUAGGAUUUUUUGCAGUAUUUUUUGGCUACCUCUGAUUACUGGUAAACACAUACAAUCCUCAAUUUACCAAUGUUUGAUAUGAUCCCUAAAUUAUUUACAAGAGAGGAUGACUUCUUAAAAGAAUCAAACAUAGAGGAACAACUAUACUUGAAAACACAUUGAAUGCAAGAGAUACCCUAACAUUUUAUUUGGAUCUUGAAUAAAAUAUAUUUUGUUAGAAUUCACGAUGAAAUCAUAUAUAUUAUUUUAAUAUGAAUGACUAAUAUAUAGAUGGCCAACCAAUUACACAAUCAAUCUUUUGUUAACACAUCAGAUUGGCAUAUCACAUUGUUGUGAUAUGCCUUGUACAGAGAAUUGUAAGAUGCAAACGAUUUUCCAUGAAAUGUAAGCUCCAAAAAGAAAUGUUUUCUGUAUAUUUUAUUCCUGUUCAAAUCUUUAUUAAUAAAGAUUUUGUUUUUUAAAAAUAAAAUAAAGAUGGUUAAGAG